CAUGACGUUACGCAGGGUAUAGUACGUACGGCAUUUGCGGCAAGUAGGAGGGAGGAAAAACAGCGCGAAACCACGGACCGAGCUCCACAUCUGAGAGAACCCGGAGCAUUGCCGCGUAAUCUGCCUCCAUCCUCCGCCUGAUGGCCGACACCAAGUGUACACAGGAGGAGCCUGACACCCCUGUAGUAGAAACCCCAGAUGAUGCCAAUCACGAUCCUCAUUUUGAGCCUAUUGUUUCAUUGCCGGAGCAGGAAAUUAGAACUCUAGAGGAGGAUGAAGCAGAAGUGUUUAAGAUGAGAGCAAAGCUUUUCAGAUUUGCUUCUGAAAAUGACCCACCUGAGUGGAAAGAACGGGGCACUGGUGAUGUAAAACUCCUCAAACACAAGGAUAAGGGAACAAUCCGCCUUUUGAUGAGAAGAGAUAAGACUCUAAAAAUUUGUGCAAACCAUUACGUUACACCUGCAAUGGAGCUAAAACCCAAUGCAGGAAGCGACAGAGCCUGGGUCUGGAAUACAUAUGCAGAUUAUGCGGAUGAAGCGCCAAAGCCUGAGCUGCUUGCUAUUCGAUUUUUAAAUGCAGAAAAUGCCCAGAAGUUCAAGGCAAAGUUUGAUGAUUGCAAAAGUGAAGUUAAGGACAAACCAGCAGACCCAACCAAAAAUGAUAGUACUGAUGCAGUUGCAGAAAAACUAGAAGAGCUAUCUGUAAAAGAGGACAAGGCGAAAGACAAAGAAGAGGAGGCCAAACCAGAAAAAACAGAAGAGAAGCAAUAAGUCAUCUAGAGCCUUGUACUUUUAUUUUUACAAGGGACUUUGUAACUAAGAAAAAAGAACUGAGUACAAACAUUCAGGUUGUUUUUUCUAAGCUUUUGCCCUUCAGAAGAAUUCUUGAGAAACAAAAAUCCAUUCCCCAGUCAUGCAAAUGUACUGUGUUCACUUUCUUUUUCCAUAGUGGAAACACUUAUUUAUAGUCAUCCAAAGUAAUGAAUAAACCAGUUUGAAAAAUGUAAUAAAGUUGGGACUGGAAUAUAUAAUGGUUAUGCAAAAAUGCAUCUCAGCCAGGGAAAUGUAUGGGUGUUGCAUUUAAUGAGAGGUGCAGUAGGCUUGAGCAUCACAUUUCAGUUGGCGCGAAUAGGGUACAUUUUUUCUUUUUGUUGUGACCCUGUUAGGUUGACGCUGUUUAAUCAAAUAAAUUUGAGCUGAGAAUUAACA